CGCAAGCGGAGUUUAUCAGCUUCGAGACCCGGGAUCCUCUAAUCAUUCCUCGCAAGAAACUCCAACGUCCGACAUGGUCUCCGCGAUUGCAGUCUUCGUCUUUGCAGUUUCCUUCGCGAGGUCCGCUUCGGGAGACGAAAACGACGUCCUCAUGGCGGAAAUGCUCCUCGGGGAGUCGUGUUUUCCCAACGGCGACGAUACUUUCUGCUGGGAAGCGCCUACGGAGCCCAAAACGAUUGCCAAAAUCGAGAAACGCCUGCGGGAAUACGACUGCGACGGCCACACUUUCGGCAAGAUGAUGAAUCGCACCUCGUACGUUGACGUCACGCUCGAGCAAAAAUUCGGACUCGAUUGCGAACUGUGCAACGCCAACGUCAACGUCAGGGUCAGACCCACCACCGUGGGGGCCAAAAAACUGAUGCACGUCAUCGAUACCGAGAAGUACGACACCAUUUUGUGGCUCUCCACCUGUGCCAACGAUCAAACCGGCUCGAGGUGUUCGAAGGGCUUCUCGGACCUCAUCGACGGCUACACCACCGAAUGCCAGCAGCAGUUCUCCGAGGUGACGUUAUUGGUGUUCGAUGCAAUCGAGGACCAACUGGUUACGAGGAACCUAAAAUAUCCCAGCGGCUGCAACUGCGUCUACAUGCCCGCCAAACUUUAGUUUAAUAUACGAUUUUCGU